AUGAAGUCCACCCUCGCCCUCGCCUUAUCCAUCGCGACCCUCGCCUCAGCCCAGGUCCAGGACUUACCGAAAUGCGCAGUCCAAUGCUUCGCAAAAGCCCUCGCCUCCACAACCUGCGCAGCCACAGACGCUCACUGCGCGUGCACGACCGGAGCGGCAGAUUUCAUUAAAGUGGCUAUUCCGUGUCUGUGUGAAGCGGGCUGUUCUGUUGAGGAGUUGAAGAGAAUCGAAACCUCAACCAACAACCUCUGCGCCGCCGCCCUCAGCGCUAAAGGCGAAGAUUAUACCCCCGCGACUCUGGACCCGAAAAUUUGUCAGGCGGUUGAGACGGGGACUACGAGUAGUGCGAGUUGCGCUAGUGUUAGUCUUACGAGUGUUACGGGUACUGCUACUGCUACGCAGACUGCGAGUGUUACGGAGACUGCUACCGCCACCGCGACCGAUACGGCGAGCACAACGGCCACGGCUACGGCGGCGGAGACGGCGGCGCCUGAGAGUACGGGGGGAGCGAGUGGGAAUGGAUUCAUGGGAGACACAAUGGAAAAUGGGGAGCGUGAAGGGAAGAGGCAGAUCGGCACAGAAAAAGAGGAUGUCGCGUACAAGAUCAACAGUGGCGAGGAGGGUAAGGGCAAGCUCCCUAUUCGGAAAUACUGA